ACUGUGGCGGGGUUGUGUGUUCAGGAUUCGCCCCGAAAAGUUUGGCGUUCCCUGAAUAUCGCUUCCACAAAAACACUUUCGAGGAAGCCCGAGUUUAGUUCUAUAUAACAGCGCAACGUUAGCGAGCGCGGCUCCCCGGGAGCCGUGCAAGCUGCACGUCUGAUGGAAUGAUUACUGGCGUGUACAUGCACGUGCUUCGAGGUUAACAAUGCGCAAGCGGAGCCCUGCAGUGCGAGCCGGGAAACGCGCCGCGCCGCAAAACACACCAGCUGGGCAAGCCAAAAAGAAAGCAGAGCUGCGACUUGGAGGAGCAGAGAGCGCGAGACCAUCCUCGUACCACUUCUUUAACGAGCCUGCGGAAGUUUCGCUCUUCCGUUCUCGUCUGUUGCGCUGGUACGAUCAGUCCAAGAGAGACCUCCCCUGGCGCACAGUGGCGAUGACGGAGACGGAUGCGAACAUCAGGACGUAUGCCGUGUGGGUCUCGGAAGUCAUGCUACAGCAGACUCAGGUUGCCACGGUAAUCGACUACUACAACAAAUGGAUGAAGCGGUGGCCCACAGUGCAGGAACUUGCUGCCGCUUCAGUGGAGGACGUGAAUGAGAUGUGGGCGGGACUUGGGUACUACUCUCGAGGGCGGAGACUGCACCAAGGAGCACAGAAGGUGAUGUCUGAGCUGGCCGGGGAGAUGCCGCGGACGACCCAGGGGCUUCUGAAAUGGCUGCCCGGGGUGGGCCGCUACACCGCGGGGGCUGUUGGCUCCAUCGCCCUAGGGCUGGUUACAGGGGCUGUCGAUGGGAACGUGACGCGGGUGCUGUGUCGUUUGCGGGCCAUCGGGGCAGACUGCACCAGCUCCCUGGUCACCGACCUCCUGUGGGAAAUAUGCAACCUGAUUGUGGAUCCAGAGAGACCUGGCCAGUUCAACCAGGCUCUGAUGGAACUGGGCGCCUUGGUGUGCAGGCCGAAAUCCCCCCUCUGUGCGCGCUGUCCUGUUCAGACACACUGCCAUGCCUAUCGAAAGGUGAUCUUAAUCCAAGAGACAGAUGCUAAAAGCCCCCUGAGUAAUCCAGACUCAGUGCAAAGUCCCUGUGUUCCUGAUAUAGAGGACUGUUCAGCUGGCGACAGUAGCUGUAAACUGUGCCUGUCUGAGGGCUGGGCCCGUGAUCUGGGAGUGCAGAAUUACCCCCGCAAGCCAGUCAGAAAGGCCCCUCGUGUGGAGAGGAUGGUGACCUGUGUCCUGCGAUGCCGAAUGACAGAGGAUGAGGAUGAGCCUCAGUACCUGCUCAUCCAGAGGCCAAGCACAGGGCUAUUGGCGGGAAUGUGGGAAUUACCCAGCAUCCUCUUGGAGGAAGACAUCCCGGGGAAGAAGCACAGAGCCCUGUUAAGUGCUGAAGUGCAGAGGAUUGUGGGAACAUCACCAGAUGAAGAUUCUUUUCAGUACUUGGGAGAGGUGGUCCAUAUCUUCUCCCACAUUCACCAAACGUAUGUGGUGUACAGCGCCAGUGUGGGUGGGUCCACUGAAAGGGACAGAGAGCCCCAGAGCCGCUGGGUGUCUGCUUCAGCCCUGCAGGAGGCAGCUGUGUCCACGGGGGUGAAAAAGAUUAUGAAGCUUUAUUAUGAGUCUACAAGCAAAUUGCAGGGCACUGAGCUCGGACCUAAAGGCUUCUUUACCGUCUGCCCGUUCCAGAAUAAGAAGCAAAAACGCAGCGCAGAAGCUCGGAGAUCCCAGCGGACCAAACGGACGAGGAACCGUGAGGACAGGGCACCCUGCAGAGGCCUGAAGCAGAGCUCACUUAGCCAGUUCUUCACCAGCUCCAAACCAGCAAGCACCUAAAACUCACUGCAGAACCCAGUACAUAGAACCAACUUUACCAUCUUACCGUCAGGUCAACAUGCUGGAGAAUUUUAUUACAUGACCUAAACUUUUUAACUGAACCUGGGUUAAAACUCAAAAGAAAAGCAAUGCGUGUUUUUAAAGUUUAAAUAUUCUAUAAGCUUUUGUAGUGGAAACAUGAAAUAAAUGUUUUUGUCUUUUUAAUAGACAUUUGUUUUUGUAGAAAGAUAGAAUGAGUUUAUCCUGUCUAAAUAUUUGUUUUUCUGCUCUGGUGCUUUGCUGGACUAAGCUAAUCAUAACCCUAACCCAGGAUAUACACAGAGGAUAUACACAGAGAAUAUACAGAGGGGAUAUACACAGAGGAUGUACAGUAAAUGAUUCCUUACUGCUUGACAGCCUUUCUUGAACAAAAAGUGAAGAUGAAAGGGUGAAUUUAGGUUUCCAGUCCAUAUCUCAAAUGAAAGGAUGAAUGCCGGUUUCCAGUCCAUAUCUCGAACUUCAUGGACAUACAGGGCUGUGGCUCCAUUGAUCGGUUUCCAUUCCAGAUGUGGUCUAGAAUCAGGACCCAGUUCGCUCGUUUACAUUUACAGUAUUUGGCAGACAUUCUUAUCCUGCGCUGUAAACACAAGUGCAUUGUUAUCUCAUUGGGAAAACAUACGCUUAAGCAAGUACACAAAGCUAAAGGCUGAAGCUCCCAUCAAGCUAAAGCUCUUUUAGAAACAAUUGUCAGACUCCGUGCAUAAAGGAAAGAGCAAAAAUCAUCUGGUUUAGCAGGGAGGCAACUGCUGAAUAAAGUAAACCACUGAACCAGCCAAAACGCAUCUGUCAACAUGAGGUAACUCAGCGUAGCUUCCCUAAUAGCUGUUUUUGUCGAGUGUUGGUAUUGAUGGUGUUGGCAUCUGUGCAGCAGUUACACUGAUCUUGACCCUGAGCCAGGAGGUCAUGUGUUUGAAGGAUUGUGCGUUGAUCCUGUUUUGUGCGUGCGCUGCAGCGCGCUGAGCGUUAUGGCCCGUUUCUCCGACAUCCGUGCAUUGUGCAGAACGGAGGUACGAGACAUCGCUGAGAUUCCUUCUGUUAAAUGAAUUGAUAUUUUCUCACUCUGCUUUGUACUCGGCUCCUCAAAACCCCACUGGUUAAGACUUAAUCUUCAUGCUAUCCUUACAAUACUAUUGAUGUUAAUGCAUUUCUGUUAUAUAUUUUUAUAUUUAUGCCAAAUUGACCCUUCUUCUCAAGAAGCAUGCAAAGAAGUUCCAAAGCGUUUAGUCUCUAGCGUUUAGUCUCUAGCGUUUAGUGACGUCGUUUGGGGUUGUUUACUCACCGUGUGCCGAUCACUGAUGCAGGGUUGCGGGGGAGGGGGGUUUGUCUGCCUUUGACACUGAGACAAGACGAUGACAAAACACACACCAGCAAACUGAAAUGUUUACUUACAACAUUUGGCAGAUGCCCUUGUCCAAGGUGACGUGCAGAAGUGCUUUGUAGUCUGUAUCAAAUAUAUAUUACCAUGUAAGAAUAGAUGAGUAUUAAGAAUACUAUCAGACAGAAAUCCUGGUUAGAGUGGAAAAUGGAGAGUAAAUAUUUUUAACGUGUGAAUUUAAGUGCUUGGUGACUCAGUUUAGAGGUGAGUGUUCAGUCUUCGUUGGAAGUCAGCCAGUGUUUCAGCUGCACAGUACCGCCAGGGGAAGUUCAGUCCACCACCUGCGUGCAGGACGGAGAAGAGUCUCGAUGCAGGAUGGGGUUUGAGAUGUCUGGUGUCUCGUCCCUGUAUGUGAUUACUGGGAAGUGUCUACAACCUUCUCCUCUCACAUGGGCUUAAGUUCUUAAGUUCAUUGGAGAGUAUUGGUGUUUGAAAAUGUUGGUGUUUGCUGGAAAAUGCAGGCGUUCAUUAUAGAAUAUUAAUGUUUGUUUUUGAGGACUGGACAUGGGGGCUUGAGUUGUAUAAAAAUUGCCCUCAGACAUGACUUGCAACUUGACGUUAAAUUAUCUUAGUAUCGAUUGGACAAAAAAACACUCCUGAUUGUUGAAUGCUGGUACUGGUGUUGGUGUUGGUAUUUGACCACUGUACUGUCUGCUUCAGUACCUUCUUUCUCUGAUUCCCUGUCACUAUGUCUUUUUCAUCUUGCGGGAGAAGACCAGUCAGCUCCACACCACAGCACAAUGACCUUUGACCUUCCUGCAUGUGUACCACCACGGCACAAUGACCUCCAACUGGCGGGCAGGAGUCUAAUACGUAGCCGGGGGUCGGGGUAUGGACCUUAUUUUCUCGCCGCAAAUACUUUUAAAGAUGUUCUGUCUAUUUCAUUCUGAAAAAAGAAAAAUCCGUAUAUGUGUAAACCGCCUCUGAGGUGUGUGAGAAACCAGCCCACUGUGUAGAUGCUUCUGAUCUUCCUAUCUGUGCACAUAGUGAUGUAUCUGUACUCCGGUCUGCUUCCCUGGGUCCUCAUGUGCAGGAAUGUCUGUGUUGGAAACGCUAGCUCACCCGUCUGCAGCUGCUAUUGCUUCCAUGCCUAUCCCAUAGCAUGGCUGAAUGUCCAGGAAUCACAGCUACAGGGGGUUAUGGCUUAUGGGAAUAUACCCUGUUCUCCCUUAAUUUACUAAUUACAUUUUUGCAGUACCGUCCAUAUUUGCUGUAAAAAAAAGAAAAAGGGGCAAAUUGUGUCAGUGAUGUCAGCAAUAAAGAUCAUCUCAGUGAAAAUACA